CUCAUUGCUCUCCUUUCCAACAAUCAUUCUCUCUUUUUGAAUCAAUCCUACAACUUCCUAUGUCUUCUUAUCAUUAGAACACUAUGGCCUACUUCCGCCUCUACGCCGUGUUGCUUGCCGUGGCGUCCUCGGUCGCCGCCGUCAAGGUCAAUCCUCUACCAGCUCCACGCCACAUUUCCUGGGGUCAUUCAGGCCCAAAACCGCUAUCGGAUGUCAGUUUGCGCACUGAACGAGAUACUGACGAUAGUAUCCUUACGAAUGCGUGGAAUCGCGCUUGGGAAACUAUUGUUUCUCUAGAAUGGGUCCCUGCCGGAAUUGAAGCACCCAUUCCAGAAUUCGAUGAGUUCCCAACUUCAACCCCAUCUGCCAGUGCCGCUGCUACUAGAAGCAAGCGCGCCAAUGUGCCUAUUCAGUUCGUCGAUGUUGAUGUGGAAGAUUGGGACGCCGAUCUACAGCACGGGGUGGACGAAUCUUACACUCUAGACGCCAAGGCUGGUUCGGACGCGAUUGAUAUCACUGCGAAGACGGUCUGGGGCGCCCUUCACGCUUUCACUACGCUCCAACAAUUGGUCAUCUCAGACGGAAACGGGGGUCUGAUUCUUGAGCAGCCCGUCCACAUCAAAGAUGCGCCUCUCUACCCAUAUCGCGGACUUAUGGUUGAUACUGGGAGGAACUUCAUCUCUGUCCGCAAGCUACACGAGCAGCUCGAUGGCAUGGCACUGUCGAAGCUCAAUGUCCUUCACUGGCAUCUGGACGAUACCCAAUCAUGGCCGGUGCACAUUGAUGCUUACCCGGAGAUGACCAAGGACGCAUACUCCGCGCGCGAGACUUACUCCCAUGAUGACCUGCGCAAUGUUGUGGCGUACGCGCGCGCCCGUGGAAUCCGUGUGAUCCCGGAAAUUGAUAUGCCCGCCCACUCUGCCUCUGGUUGGCAACAGGUUGACCCCGAUAUUGUAGCCUGCGCCAAUUCCUGGUGGUCCAACGACAACUGGCCGUUGCAUACUGCAGUCCAGCCGAACCCAGGACAGCUCGAUAUCAUCAAUCCCAAGACGUACGAAGUCGUUCAAGACGUGUACGAAGAGCUAUCAAGCAUCUUCACCGAUGACUGGUUCCAUGUUGGUGGCGACGAGAUUCAGCCCAACUGCUACAACUUCAGCACCUACGUGACUGAAUGGUUCCAAGAGGACCCCUCGCGCACUUACAACGACCUCAUGCAGCACUGGGUCGACAAGGCCGUGCCUAUCUUCCGCAGCGUCAGCGACUCCCGCCGCCUAGUUAUGUGGGAAGACGUCGUCCUCAAUACCGAGCAUGCUGACGACGUCCCGACAGACAUCGUCAUGCAAAGCUGGAACAACGGCCUCGAAAACAUCAACAAGCUCACCGAACGCGGCUAUGAUGUGAUCGUCUCCUCCGCGGACUUCAUGUACCUCGACUGCGGCCGCGGAGGCUACGUCACCAACGACGACAGAUACAACGAGCAGACCAACCCAGACCCUGACACCCCGAGUUUCAACUAUGGCGGCAUUGGCGGCUCCUGGUGCGGCCCGUACAAGACAUGGCAACGCAUCUACAACUACGAUUUUACCCUCAACCUCACAAAUGCCCAAGCAAAGCACGUCAUCGGCGCAACAGCACCGCUCUGGUCCGAGCAGGUUGACGAUGUCAACAUCUCCAACCUGUUUUGGCCUCGGGCUGCAGCUCUCGCUGAACUCGUGUGGUCAGGCAACCGCGAUGCAAAGGGGAACAAACGCACCACUCUCUUCACCCAACGAAUCCUCAACUUCCGCGAGUAUCUUCUUGCCAACGGCGUUAUGGCUGCUACUGUCGUUCCGAAGUAUUGCCUGCAGCACCCGCAUGCUUGUGAUUUAAAUUAUGACCAGACAGUCCUUCACUAGUGUAGUCUCUCGUAUCUUUAUACUCAUAUCAAAUGCAUUCGAUCUCC